AUGCAAAAGGCAAUGAAAAGCGCAGAAUAUAUAAAAGCUAACAAUGACUGGUUAGAUGCCCAAGCUAACGCUAAAGCAGCCCAACUUAUAGGGUCAAUAAGGACAAAAAUACAAGCGGAUGAAGACAGUUCAAAUGAAGCUUUAACAAAUGCUGACUUUAAGAACGCCUUCGAAGCUCUUCAUAGUAAGGUGAAACAAGUGAACGACUUCUCAUCUGGAAAGAAACUGAAGUCUGAAGGUUUCGACAAAGAGUUAAAAGAAGUAGCACAAAAUAUGACGAAAAUAACAGAUGCAGCAACGAGACAGGCAGUUCAAAGUGCCUAUGACGCCGUUAGAGCAACUGUUGUGAAAAGUCAAGAAAAAGAGUUACAACAGACCAAAACAGACCUAGUAAAUGCUUUCUUAAGAACGAAAAGUCAGGUAGGACAUUACGCUGCAGAUGGAACAUAUGUGCCAGCUGGUGGAACUUAUAUACCAGCUGUUGGAAUUUAUAUACCACCAAACCCUCCAAGAGAAGCACCUGCACCAGGACUACCUAAAACAUUUACAUCGUCACAUGGACACAGACACAGGCAUGCACCAAAACCAACACAACAACCAACAGUUCAAAAUCCAGCACAACAACAACAACAACCAACACAACAACCAGCACAACAACCAACACAACAACCAACAGUUCAAAACCCUGCACAACAACAACCACAACCAACAGUUCAAAACCCUGCACAACAACAACCACAAACAGAGCAAGGACAUAAAAGAAGUAGAGAACAAGGAAACCAAGAAUUCUUAAAAAGGCUUAAGGAAGACUAUGGUUACCCAGAUAGUAUUGACUUUAGUGACAGAUAUAAAGAAGCUAUUAGAAAGUUCAAGGAUGGAAAUACUGACCCGAACCUAUUUAGCUUUAUG